AUGAAGCCGUCCCCAGAGAUUUUGCAGCCCACAGACCCCCUCCCGCCCAAACCAGUGGUGCAGCUCACAGCAUCGCUCCAACUACCCAAUGGACUCACUAUGGAAGUGCCGAUUACCAUUGACUCUGGUAGUAACGCAGACUUCAUAGGACUGGAUUUCCUUCAAGAGCACAACAUAGCACUCCUGCCAGCCACGCUGCCUCUGAAAGUUGUCACGGUGGAUGGCAGGGAAUUGCUGGGGGGGCAGGUGGUGCAGCAAACGCCUCCGAUG